UAAAUACAUUUAAUCUAUGUAGGAACUCUUGUGGUCACUUUUUCAUAGCUCGAUAUGGAACCAGAUUAUCUACAGCCGUGAUACUAGCUUUUGUGGCGAAUGCAGGUAAAAGGUUGCCCGGCCGGUGUCCGAAGACAUUGUCUGGUAGUUGUCGUGUGCGUAUUUAUAUGUGCGAUCUGGGUGACUUUGAUCACAUGCGAGAAGUUCGCUACGGUUCGUCACAACUACCGAGAUCUGGCGAUCUGACCAUGUGUUGAGGCAGUAUCGAUGCCGACAGCUAGGUUGUGCUAGCUGUGGCGCCUCGUAGCCAUACAUCCGCCACAGUGCUGUAUGUGGGGCCGCCACACUUUCUUCGUUAAGGCUUAAGCGUUAUCAUUUAAUUUAUUAUGAUUAUUAUUACAAUAAAUUGAAAUUGGGUUGCUUAUAUAUUUUAAUAUUUAAUAAUAAUGUAUAAACAUUACACUAAUCAUUAAUUUUAUUAAAUAAUAAUAACAAUUGUGCUAAUCAGUAGUACUAUUUUAAAAAUAAACUCGAUUAAAAAUGACGGAAGAGAAUAUUGUUUUAGAAGGAUUCCUCUGUCCAAUUUGUAAAGUAGACUAUGGCAUAGAUCUGAAGCUGUUUUUACAUUUCCAAGAAGCACACAGUGAAGAUCAAGAUCUCGUGAAAUCAUUUAAAGAUUUAUUUGGUAAAGCAAAAGAAAAGAUUUUGAAAAAUGAUAUUAUCAAAAAGGAAGAACGUCAAUAUACAUGGCUUCCUCAAGAGCUGGGAAAAAGCAGAUCUCAUAUUGAAGAUUUCAAAAGCUGUCGUAAUAGAUGGGUUGAACAUUUUGUAAUGGAAACUAAUAAAACAGUAGUUCGACUUGAAAAAUUACUUUGUAAUUUACCUUCAGAUCCUAAUAAACGUAAAAUUCACGAACAAUCUGUAGUACAUUGGUUAGACGGCACGGAUGUAAAACGAUGUCCAGAAUGUACUAAAUCAUUUAACAUUACAAGGCGCCAACAUCAUUGCAGAUUAUGUGGGACUAUUGUCUGUAAUGAAUGCAGCUGUUUUUUGCCUUUCUCUAAAGCAUAUGAGGCAAUAAAUGAGAUAGCAAAAGAUCAAACACUAUCAUCUACUCAGGAUUCUAUUAGUUUUCGACUUUGCACUCACUGUGGACAAGUAUUAGAGAAUCGUGAACAACUUAAGUACCGUGACAAGCAGCCUUCAAUUUGUAACUAUUAUGAAAAAAUCAUGGAAUGUCGCAAAAAAAUAGAAAACGACCAAUUAAUUAAAUUUAAUCAGACUUACAACUUAUUACAGGAAGGUGAAUCUUUAUAUUUAAACGAAGCAAAUAAAAUUAGAAGUAAUAUAGUUAGACUAGUUGAAACUAUUGAUGCUCUUAGUAAUAGGAUACUAAAAUUGGAAAAUGACAAUCAGUCUACAAAAGUUGUGACCAAAAAUAUUAAGCUAGCAAUGAUACAAUAUGUACGCACGACAGUUCUUGCAAUACCAGCUUUACCUACAUUACAAGAAAUUGAAGAAAUUGCAAAAAAAAAACGGGAUGCUGCAAAAGCCCGUCUUUACAAUGGUCAAGAAUUAUUAAAUGAAUCUAAAAUUAAUCAACUCACUCCUAAACAAGGAAGAGUCUCAUCAAAAAAAGAAAUCAAAUUAACGCUCGAAGAUGGUUGGAGCCCUGUCACAAAUGCAAAUGUGAAUUCGGAUAAUCCUGUGGUAGAACAAAUGAACAUAAUAAGAAAUUACAUUAUACAAGCUAAAGAGGCAUAUCGUUUUGAUGAAGUAGCCAGUCUGGAAAAAAACUUGCAAGAGUUAAAUGAAGAAUAUUUUCGAAUGCAAAAUAAAAGCAAGAAUACUCAAAAUGAUUCAAAUAAUUGAUGGUUUUUCUAGUCCGAUAAAAAUUAUAUUUUUUUAAUAAUAGUUAAAUCACAAGAGAUUUGUAAAAUAAUAAUAUAUAUAAUAUAAAUAUAGUAAUUGUCGAUAAGUCUAUAUUUAUCACAAAAAGUUA